GGUGGCGUGAGACAGAAAGUUCUGAAAACGGAAAAGUACUUAGGGUGUCUCUUAUAGCCAAAGCAAUGGAAAGGUUAUAGUUGUAAAUAGUUUAAUUGCAUUCGCGUAUAUUAAAUUGCGUAGAAAAUAAACUGUUUCUUGCAAUUUCUGUUUUGUCCUGCUGUGCCUUCCAUCUAAACAUUGUACGAGGGGUGUCGCUACUACAUACACACUCACACAUAUUAUGCAUAUUUAUACGUUUUAAUGGCUUGUUAAUCAUAUUAAAGGCUGCGCAGAAUUUUCUGUUAGAAGUUUUAAGUUUUAGUUUUUGUACUGAUCAACGAAUGAUAGAUCGCCACACUUGAUACAUUGCAAAAAUGUUGAAACACUUUGACGAGGGCACAUCAGCAACCUAAAAUCACUGCAAUGAACAACGCCAGACAACUAGACAUUUCAUUUCGAAACUGAUUUUCACAAAGCUACACCGCGUUGUCUAGAAGUAAAACUUGCGCUUUCCGAACCAAUAAUAUUUUACGAGCAGUGAAAUAAGGAACAACAGCAAGAUGAACAAUCCUACCCUAGCAAUAUGGCCGCUACGACGCGACUUUUUUUUCUAGCAAUAUUAUGCGCAUGCUCAGGUCCCUGUUUUUGUGGUCAAGCAUUUAAAGCGGACAAGUUGGAACAUAUCAGGAGUCUUGUAGUGUCCUAUCCACAGCUGAAUGUGCUGACACGUUUUGGCGGUUGUUUUGGAUGCUCCUAACAUAAGACAGAUAAAACCUUAUGGGGACUGAUCGGAGCGGUUUCUAUAGAUUUUUUCUUCCCUUCAACCAGGCAGCAGUACGGACAGCCAUGCGAGUAGACAGGCGGGGUCUCGGGUCGCUCUAGGUAGGAGAUGGCCAAUCUAGAACACUGUACUGGUUUUCGGUGUGCUUGUGGUAACCUGUCUGACCUGCUGUAGACAGUGGACAUGCAGCCGCCGGACAAGACACAGGAGGUCAGACAACUGCUGGAGAGGGACUUGCUGGCGGCAGACUUGAAGUGCAGCCUCCUUGUGUCGGCGGCGCAGAGCUACAGACGGGAUUCGGUCCUCCGACCAUUUCCUCCCCAGUACAUUAAUUCGGAGGAGAAGGAAUUCGAUGCAUUGUUGGCAGAUGUAUUGUCCCUGUCCAGUUUACGAGAAUAUCAACAGGCCCUGCCCACAAAAGAGCCUCCGUCCUUGGAUUUGAUCCACUGGGCCUUGACAUCCAAGAACUUCACCAUCAGGACAUUACCAAAAGACGAGUAUACAAAAAUCCAGGAAAGGACACAGUUUCAUAGCACUGCCGUGCCUCCUCCUGACUUCCUGUUUGAAAUUGUAUAUUGUGAUCAAACCAAUGCCGCAUUUGAAGAGAUGAAAGGAGGAAGGGAUUUGAUCUAUGCAUUUCACGGAAGUCGGCUUGAAAACUUCCAUUCAAUAGUUCACAAUGGCUUACACUGUCAUCUCAAUAAGACUUCCUUGUUUGGUGAAGGCACGUAUCUCAGUAGUGAUCUGAGCUUGGCUCUCUUGUACAGUCCCCAUGGAAAUGGGUGGCAGCACAGUAUACUGGGACCAUUGCUCAGCUGUGUAGCUGUUUGUGAAAUUAUUGAUCAUCCAGAUGUAAAAUGCCAAAUUAAAAAGAAAGAUUCUGACAGCAUCGAUAAGCAGAGAGCCAGAGUCAAAAACAGUGAAGGUGGCGAUGUGCCGCAGAAAUACUUUGUGGUCACCAACAAUCAACUCCUCCGUGUGCGGUACCUUCUUGUCUACUCAGAGAAGCAGCACAGAAGACGGCAAUCCAAAGAAUUGUCUUGGCUUUCCAAACACAGAUUCUCUCUUCUGAUGUCCUUGUAUUUGCUUAUCCUGAUAAUCAUUGGUGCUUGCAAUUCGCCUGCAUUUCAAUAUUUUUGGAGAAGACUACUUGAUAAAAGAAAGUAAGAAAAUCUAGUGCCUUAUGGUGUGCUUUAGUCAACAUUGCUGCCACAUCUAAUCUGUCAGCAUUUUAUGGACACUAUUUUUUAGCUGCAAGUGGUAGCAAUAUAGUUAUGGGGAAGAAACUGAUGUGUAGAAAACUGUUCCAUGAAAGCAGGCCCAGUUCCGAAUAUAGUAACAACAGUUCUGGACUGAUGAAUGUCCUUUUAUUAGAUAUUCAGCAUUCCAAAGUACCUUAUGGAAAUUUUUUCCAAUUGCAUUUGCACUUAAAACAUUUAUUUUUUUAUAUUUUAGUACUGAUAUUUCUGGAAAUGCACCAAAGGUUUAUUUUAUUAAACUGUAAUACUCAAAUGGAAUGAAUGUUGUACUGUUAAAACAUGUAUGCAAUUUAUCAAAAUGCAUUGUUUACCAACUGAGACAUAAGUACUUCACAGAUAUCAAUCUACAUAACUAACUCUGUGAUUUUUUUUUUUUUUAAUAAUAAUGUAUAACACUUGAAUAAAAUAGUUGCAAAAAUGUGCAGUAUUUCAUUUUUUUUUCAGAUGCCUCAUGUAAUAUAGCUUUGAAGAUGUUUUGUGGGGGGGUAAAAGAUGAGAUUUUUUCAGGGUUUCACUUGUUCACAGUGUGCACAUCCAUUUCAUAUGUGAUCGGCACAUGCUGGAGCUAGAUGUGUAUCGGUAAUUUGUGCACUUAUAUUUUUGGGUGAGGGGUUUAAACGUAAAAAGUAUGUGCUGCUUAGUUAAAUUUGAGAUAAAUUGUGAGCAUGCUAAAUGAACUGUGCUUCAGUCAAAGAGUUUGUGUUCUUUAAAAAAUUAUAUUGAUUUCUGUUGACCAUUUGUUGCACAUGGGAGGUGCAUGAUAUUGGGUACCAAAGCUUGUAUACAUUAAAAAAUACAAUCAUCAGUUGUGUCAUUAGUGUACAAAAGAGAAAACAAAGGAUCUGGGUUGUUACAAAACUUGUAGUUAAUGCAAACUGAGCAGUUCUAGACUUAUUUUACAGUAUUGACACAAAUUACAGUCACUUGUUAAUGUAAAGUAUACACACUACUGUGGGUCAUUGUAGAGCAGUGGAUUUUUUGUUGUGAAAUAUUACAGCAAUUGUGAAAUUAACCUUUAGGCUGACUUCACUCACAUUUCUUAUUUCACACAAAAGCUCUUUAGUGUGCGCAUAACUAAUAUGAAUUGGUAGUGUAAAAAUUUCAUGUCACAUAAAAACAUUGUCUUUUAUACUCCUGCUUUUGACUUUUUU